AGUAGAAAAGAGCACAGACUUCUUCAGUGAGAACGAAACGAGAGGGGGCGUCAGUGCGAACAAAGUAAUUAUAGGGAGAGGAGUGAGAGGACAUUCGGAAAUUGAACGAAAGUAAAACACUCUGGGUUUGUAUCUUCGUGGUUUUCCGACGUAGACGAUACACCCAAACUUCAAUUACAGCCUCAAAUCAAGUCGUGGAUGUGGGGUGCAUAUAUCAUCCUGGGAUUUAGCUACACGAGUAACGUUCCUGCCGUCAAAAUUUCUCUCCUCUCUUUAUUUUAUGUCAGGUGGCUGAACUGUGGAAGCUACAGAGGACAAUAUCGAUUCCACAGGAUUUGAAACAUUUGUGCUGUACUUUAUACAAAAGUGCGAAGAUGUCUGGACAAAGCAUUACGGAUAGGAUAACUGCAGCUCAACACAGUGUAACCGGCUCCGCGGUGUCCAAAACUGUGUGCAAGGCGACCACGCAUGAAAUUAUGGGACCAAAAAAGAAACAUUUAGAUUACUUGAUCCACUGCACCAAUGAGAUGAACGUGAACAUCCCCCAGCUGGCAGACACCUUGUUUGAAAGGACUGCCAACACCAGCUGGGUGGUGGUCUUCAAGUCUCUCACCGCCACACACCACCUCAUGGUCUACGGCAACGAGAGAUUUAUACAGUACCUGGCUUCAAGGAACACGCUUUUUAACCUCAACUUUUUGGACAAAAGUGGCCUACAAGGCUAUGACAUGUCAACGUUCAUAAGGAGGUAUAGUCGCUACUUGAACGAGAAGGCUGUAUCGUAUCGACAGGUCGCUUUUGACUUCACCAAAGUAAAACGAGGGGCGGAUGGCGUUAUGAGAACCAUGAACACAGAGAAGUUACUGAAGACCCUACCCAUUAUCCAAAAUCAGAUGGAUGCACUACUUGAUUUCAAUGUCAACGCCAAUGAGCUUACCAACGGAGUGAUAAACGCGGCCUUCAUGCUUCUGUUCAAAGAUGCCAUUCGACUGUUUGCGGCCUACAACGAAGGCAUUAUUAACCUGUUGGAGAAGUACUUUGACAUGAAGAAAACUCAAUGCAAAGAGGGCCUUGACAUCUACAAGAAAUUCCUCACUAGAAUGACAAGAAUCUCUGAAUUCCUUAAAGUAGCGGCGCAAGUAGGGAUUGAUCGAGGGGACAUCCCAGACCUCUCCCAGGCCCCCAGUAGCCUCUUGGAUGCCUUAGAGCAGCAUUUGGCUUCUUUAGAAGGAAAGAAGGUGAAAGAUUCCACAGCAGCCAGCAGGGCUAGCACUCUCUCCAACGCUGUCUCUUCUCUGGCCAACACGGGCAUAUCUUUCACCAAAGUGGACGAGAGGGAAAAGCAGGCAGCUCUGGAGGAAGAGCAGGCUCGCCUAAAAGCGCUGAAGGAGCAGCGUCUGAAGGAACUCCAGAACGGUCAUUCUUCCUAUGCCACCACGGUUGCCUCCCCUGUGUCCACUGACGGACGAACCAUCAACACAGCACCGGCCAUCGACCUGUUCUCCACACCCAGCUCCACAAACGGCACUUCCAAGGCGGCGAGUGACCUUCUGGACUUGCAGCCUGCAUUUCAGCAGCAGGCACUGCUACUCUCCACUGGCCUACCAACAGCCAACACAUGGGGAGAUCAUUACAAUCCCUUUAUUGUUUCGAGCUCUUCCAUUGCAUCUGAUCAUGAGCACACAGUGCGGAUAGAGCAGUUUAUCUCAGACUCUUUCUGUGGGCCAGCAUCAUACCCUACCACUCCUCUCUUCCAGUCUGAGCCCUCUGCUGUAGCUGGUCUAUUUGGAGGAUUCUCAGUGUCUUCCACCACGCAACCCCAGACCGCCAGAGGCCUUAACGUCAACUUUGACUCUGUGUUUGGCAAUAACUCAGCCUCCGCCAACAAUGUUGACUCUGCUGUGGCCUCCUCGCCCAGCCAGGGGCUAAUCCCAAACGGGCAGCAGCUUGGGAAGCUGGUGUCGGAUGACCUGGACUCAUCCUUGGCCAACCUUGUGGGCAAUUUGGGAAUUGGCAAUGGUGUGGCAAAAAAUGAUAUUCAUUGGAGUCAGCCUGGUGAGAAGAAGUUGACAGGUGGAUACAAUUGGCAACCAAAGAGUGCUCCCUCUACCACAUGGAACCCUGCCACCAUGAACGGCAUGCAUUUCCCACAAUACGCACCAUCUGUCAUGGCCUUCCCUGCAACGACGCCGACGGGGAUGAUGGCAUAUGGAAUGCCUCCCCAGAUGGGUUCCAUGGCCAUGAUAAACCAACCCACCAUGAUGUACAGCCAACCGGUUGUGAGGCCGGCCAACCCCUUUGGCCCGGCCCCAGGAGCACAGUCCUCGGCAGCUUCUAGUCCCUCCAGUCAGAGUCCUCUCAGAGCGACAGGAAAGGACCCUUUUGCCCAGCUCUCUCUCAAGGAUUUCUUGUAGAACAUCUUUAGAUGCAGUUCAUGUAACCUGAAAGGGAGGCUUUUGUCCUCUGAAGACAAACCAAGAAGCAGCUAAACUUUCACUUUCAAGUAAAAAUCUGUUUUUACUCAUCGUUGAGAAUAUCAGCCCAAAUAAGAAAGGACUUGAAGGAAUCAAGGGGAGGAAGCCAUGUCCAAGACGUGUCAAGUAUACGUAGGACAAGGAUCCCAUUUUGUAAUUUGUCUUACGAGAAAAAGUGUGUGCUGCUGUUCUAACCUCUCUACAGGGAUCACUCAUCCCAUUUGUCUUCUGUAAAAGAUUAACAUGGUUGUGGAAAGGGAGAUAAUUUGACUUUGCUGUUAUGUAUAAAAAUAGUGGGUUAUCACAUACAGCUUGAUGUUCUUGGGGUGAGGACGUGGGAUGAGUGGAAGAAUUGCUUGAUCUGAUCAUCAAUUGUGCAUUAUCUAACUUAACCAUCACUGAUUAGUAAUGCUAACCUCUGUUUUAUACCAUGAUUUCAAUAUUUUCUCUUUUAAAAAAGUUUUAUUACAUUUGCAGUAGACAUUCCUUGUGUAUUGUUAGUAUUUAUUUAUGAUUACCCUCGGAGGAAAUGGGGGAGGAAAAUAACAAUAAUAAUAAUGUCAUUGAACUCUUCCUUGUGGGAGGAUUUCAGGUUUAUACAUGGUUAUGAUUGAUUGUAUAAUUGGAGUUUGAGUGUGACAGAGUAAAAAAUAGUUAAUAUAAAGAUGAAAAAAUGUAACUGACUGUCAACAGACAGUUUAGCUCUAAUCACUGAACCGGCAUAAUGUCAAGCACAGUUCUUUGUGGCUCAAAGUCACAACCCUCCAUGUGUAAGGGGUGAUAUGGACAUCAAACAAGGGUAUUCAUUCAAUACAGUCAAUUCUGUGAGCUAGGGUCUUUUUUGUUGUUGCGAGGGAACAUUUUCACGCACUAGCAAAGCACUACAUUUGUGAUUCGGCGGCAUUGCAUUGAGAUGGAUCCGCAUUUAUGCUUUACGCUUGGCAUGUCGUUUAUUUUACAUGGCUGCCUUUCCAACCUGAAUGUGCAGAGUGUCCUUCAGGCUCGGGCCAUCUUUACAUAGACCAGCACUGGGAUUGGAGGAAAGAGGGAGGUGAUUUUCACAGGAGGCAGGGGGAAAAGCUGUGAUUGUGUCACUGGAGGGUCAGCUCUCUGUGUAAGUAGUUGAACCCAGGUCUGCCACUAUUGGACAUCUUUUAAAUACUUUGUUUGCUUUAGCCUGUCUGGAGUGCCAGAUGGGCUGUGUUAGCAGUUUUGGGACGAUUCAAUUGGUCCAUUAACCCAGACGAGCUCAAUCAAGCACAGAUAAAGUGUGAAAUUAGUAUUUGAUACCAUGUCUGGUAAGUGGGCAGAAGGGUCCAGUUAAGCAGGGAGAAAUGGAACACUGUUGAUCGGUGCUUUGUGUGUGUGUAUAUAGAAGAGAGCCUAUCCCAUGAUGGAAAGGAUAUGUGCAGGAUGGUCAGAACCUGAAGGUUAUUCUAUUCAUCAAAUAUUUACUGCAUUGUCCCUGCAGAUUAUAUUUUUGUUUAUAUUAAAUAUAUAAAUAAAUGUAUGCAGACUUUUGGUUGAUUUUCCAAUAAAGUGCCGUUUCCAGUGUU